GCAGGAAGAGACAUCUGCGUGGGUAAUGUUGAGCCAUUAUACCAUUAAAUCCCCUGCUGGAGUCGAGAUACCCUCGCUAGUGACAGCCGUCAGUACAGGAUAUUACUAAAACAAACAAUGCGUGUACUGUCAACAGGAGCGUCCUCAAAACAAGAACGACCCCCCACCCGUCAAGAAAGCAGGGUUAAAGUUCACAGGAAGCUGGGGGGCUGCCAUUUUCCCCCUGCUGCUGCUAACGUUUAACAGUAGAUGCUAAAACGACGGGAGGGGCAGCUAGUUUGUUUGUUUUUCUUUAGCUACGCACAAUCUGCCAUUUCUCCGACCUUGCCGCUAACAACCAUUUGUUAUUUGAUGAAUUUGGUAUGGAGAAGGUAGCGGAGCCGUCUUGGACUUCUUCGUACACCUACCAGGUGAGCAAGCACAGUGCGGAGAUGCUACACAACCUCAACAUUCAGAGGAAAGAUGGAGGCAGGUUCUGCGACGUGAUCUUACGCGUCGGCGAGGAGAGCUUCCCCGCUCACAAAGCGGUGCUAGCGGCGUGCAGCGAGUACUUUGAGUCGGUAUUCGGCCGCCAGGCUGAGGGCGACGGAGAGAACAAGGAGCUCGAGAUGCACACAAUCAGCCCCAAAGUUUUUAAAGACAUCUUGGACUUUGCAUACACCUCCAGGAUUGUGGUUCGACUGGAGUGUUUUCCAGAGCUGAUGACAGCUGCCAAGUUUCUGCUGAUGCGGUCAGUUAUUGAAAUAUGCCAGGAGGUAAUCAAGCAGUCAAACGUUCAAAUCCUGGUCCCGACCGCCCGGGGAGGAGACGCCAGCCUCUUUCAGCCAGCGGGAGUCACGGAGCUGGCUUUCCAGGUGGCUCAGCAGGAUGUAAUCAACGGAACGGGUUUAUUAUUAAACGGACAAAGCUUUGCUAACAGCACACAGAUGCAUGUGGACGUAGGUGAGGGCACGACCGCCGUGUUGUUGGACAGCGGCGAAUCGUCGGUACCGAUACUGGAGCCCGUCGAUGGACUUUCUGUCUCCACAUCUAUGGAAAUAACGGGGAACACGUUUCAUCACGACUCCGGAUCCCCUGGAUCGAAAAGGGGGAGAGGGAGACCAAAGAAAGCCGAUGGAAACUUGGAGCCUGUCCACCUUAAUCACAGCGCCCAGAAGGAUAACGGGUUGUUGUUUCCCUGCGGGGCCUGCAGCAAAGCGUUCACGGAGGCGUCGCGUUUGAAGAAUCACGAAGCGCAGCACGGAGCCUCCACCGGAGGCUUAAACGGCCUCGGGGACAGCCUGUCGGGACCAGGUGGUUUGUCCUUACUGUCGCAUACUGGUCUGUUGGAAAACGGGGUGCAAUUACCUGGAGGGAUGUCGGUCGAUAACCGCAAACGGGAGCGGACCAGGCGACAUGUGGGUUGUGACAUUUGCGGGAAAGUUUUCCGAGACGUGUACCACCUGAACCGACACAAGCUCUCCCAUUCAGGGGAGAAGCCGUAUGCGUGCCCCGUGUGUGGGCUACGGUUCAAACGUAAGGACCGGAUGUCAUACCACGUUCGGUCCCACGACGGCUCAGUCGGCAAACCAUAUGUGUGUCAAAGCUGUGGUAAAGGUUUCUCAAGGCCUGACCACCUCAACGGACACAUUAAACAAGUGCAUACAACAGAAAGACCCCACAAGUGCCAGAUUUGCAAUGCCUCCUUUGCUACACGAGACCGCCUUCGAUCACACCUUGCAUGCCAUGAGGAUAAAAUUCCCUGCAAAGUUUGUGGCAAGUUCUUGCGGGCUGCCUACAUGACGGACCACCUCAAGAAACACAGCGAAGGAACUCACAAUUACUGUGGCAUUUGCAAUAAAGGUUUCUCCACCGCAUCCUACCUUAAGGUGCAUAUAAAGACACAUCACGGCUCACCACUACCCCCCUCUGCAUCAAUGCACACCUUCCUUGAGCCAAGGGGGGAGCUGCAGAUGCACAACGGCACCCUUUACCACAUGGGACGCCAGUGCUCAGUGGAAGAUGGGCAAGAAAAUUCUGGGAAAUGUCCCCAUCUGGAGUCUGAGGAAUCGGAUACUUCAUUAAGGGAAUUGUCCAACGUAGAUGAGCUUAAAUCUCCACACAAAUCUGAAGGACCAGAGCUUCAGAUGACCUCUUUAGGCUGCAAUGGCGCUUCUUCUGGGCCCCUGGGAUCCCCAGAGGGCUCUAAAGCCAAGUCAGACCCUGAAAAGAAGUUUAUCUGCGGGAUCUGUGGUCAGGCCUUUCGUACUAAGUCCUACCUCAACAAGCACCAGCACAGAGUUCACAAAGUACAGAGGGCCCAUGGGGUGUCAGGGUCAAGCUUAAGUGAUGUGGCCCCCUCCCUGACCUCUCCCUUCUCCCCUCAACAGAACAUGUCUCUCCUCGAGUCCUUCGGCUUUCAGAUAGUCCAGUCUGCUUUUGCCUCUUCACUUGUGGACACCGAAGCGGGUCAAAGCGGAAUGGACUUCGGAGGGAAGUAACCAGUUCUUUAGCUUCUUGAUGUUAGGACAAAGCCAGGUAACCCACAGAAGAUUCUGUAUUUGGGAAGUACUUUGCCUCAAAUUUUGGACACAUUAGUUUAUUUCUGUUUACCAUGUUGCUUAAAGUGUAUGCAAUGAUUUUUGUUCCAAAAACCUGCCAUUUGGUUUGUUUCUUCAAAGGAUUAAAGGCGUGUGCUUUGUGUUUAAAUAUUUAUUUAAAAGAAAUGACCUGAAGGUGUCAUUUGAUUUAGUUGAUGUCAAUCCUUUGAACUUUAUCGUUUCUGAUUCUGUGAUGAGUUGAAGCAUUCACAGCAGCUCAAAUGCGAUGACUUAUUUACUUUCAUUAAAAUAAAUUAUUUUUCACCCAUUGUAAUCUUUAGUGAGGGUCUGCUGUUAAUGCCUGGCAGAAGACCGUCAAAAUGGUCUUCAACUCCCAUCUUCAACAGAGUUUUCACUACAUCCCUAGGGCAGCUGGGGACAAUUGUUAAAGUGGAUGGUGCUAGCUGCUGCUGUAUGGUUGCUGAUGCCAGUCAUGGCAGUACCAUUUGGACUCACUGGUGAACACAAGGGUUAAGGAAGCUGCCAUGCAACAGAAGGUAACCUACAGGUUAUGACAGAUCUGUAGGUCUUUAGAGGCUGCACAUGGGUACCUGAGGGCCAAGUGGUGUACAGCAGUACUAGCUACUGAUGAAAGGGAACCUGAUGAGGUUGUAGAGGGACUGUUGCUCAACUCCAAGGAAAUUCUGAGAAAUUGUCCCGCACCUCAGAUGGGGAGGGCAACUACAGUGGGGGCAUGGAACUGCUCAACACAUUGGUAGAAAGAAGGUCCUCAAUUUCACCUACAUGUAUUCCAAUGAGAAACCAGAGCUGAGAGAUCUGGAGAUGGAUUGACCGAUCUCUGUCAGAAGAAGAAAUUGAAAGUCAGUGCUGAAGCAGAGAUCUAGGGGUUGACGAGAUCUGUCCGGGUUAUCUCGAGGCUUUUUGUGUUGUAGAGGACAGUCUUGGAUGACCCACCUCUUAAACUUAAGUCUCCUCCCGUUCUGGAUGUCUCAUGGGUCCCCAUACAAAAGAAUGCAAGUGGAUGGAGCUAUAAAAGCUAUUUUCUAAUCCACUCCUCCUUAAGCCCUGAAUCCUACACAUGUUGGACUUCAGUUUAAAUGAAAACAAAUUGAGUUUCAAAUAUGUCAUGCAAUUUAAGAUUGAAUUGUAAGUAAAAUGACCACAAAUCAGAUGUCACAUAUGUCACUGCAGAAUGUCUUGUCCCCCAAUGUAGCUGAUACUUAAGACAUAGCCAGAUUUAUAGUAGUUUUUUUCCAUCUUUAAUGCUCCUUCUGUGAACCUGGAAGAAAGAUUUGAAGUUCGCUAAACUAAUCUUCUCUUCGUGCCUGGCUCCAUGAUGUCAAUUUGGUGAGACAAACAUUUGUAGUCCUACACGUCUUUUCACACAAAACCUAAGAUAACUUUUGCCACCAUUAGAAAACAAGCUCAGUCAGCAUCCAAAUGUUACUAUAAAAUACACAGACAUCAUAUGUAAAACACAUGGCGCAUAUCCAACAGGAUUAAAAAAUAGCCCCAUUGACUUGCAUUCAUUUUUCCUUUUAUUCUGAGGACCCAUGGUCCAGAAGUUGAUGGGUGUGACUUAGGCUCCCUAUUGCGUGGUCUUGUGGGCGCUGCCCAUUGAAUUGCAGACAAGUCUUUUAGUUCCCAUUUUUAAGAAAAAUGAGAUUGUGUGUUCUGACUACAGAGGGAUCACAUCCCUCAUUCUCCCUGGAAAAGUAUACUCCAAGGUACUUGGGAGCAGGGUUCAGUCAGUCGUCUCGGAUUGAAGUGGAGCAAUUAAAUUUUUGUCCUGGCCGUACAACCAGCUCUUUACCCUUGUUAAGGUGCUAGAGGAGUUUUGGUAGUUUGCCCAACCAGUCCACGUUUAGUGGUUCUGGAGAACGCUUAUGACCCUAUGCAUAGAGGCAUUUUGUGAGGGGUGUAAGGGGUGGAUGGCCAUUUGUUAAGGUCUAAUCAGUCCCUGUACCAAGUAGUGUCAGUGUGGUCCUGAUAGCCAGCAGUAAGUUGGACCUUUUUGCUGGUGAGAGAUCGGACCACUAGGGCUGUUCAUAACCUUUCAUGGACAUAAUUUGUAGAUGCAGCUGUGGGGUGAACAGGAUUGAGUUUGCAGCCAAAUCGGAAGCCAUGGUUCCCUGACCAGAAACUGGGAUUGCCAACUCCAGGCCAGGGGCAGUGGUUCUACUCCACGUAGAGGAGUUUAACUACCUUGGGGUAUGUGUUUACGAGUGAGAGAAGAAGGAUGCGAGUAAACAACAUUUAGAUUGAGGCUGAAUUGGUCUUUUGUGGUAAAAGGGAGUGAAGUCAGUGCUAUGUCCAUUUGAUGCUCUACCAAUCAUCUGUGGCCAUGAACCUUGGGUAAUGAUCGAACAAACAAGAUUGCUAAAACAAGCUGCCAAAAUUAGUUUCCUCCUCAGGGUGGCUAGGUUCAGCUCAGCUAGGACGAGGAACUCGGAUCUGGGAGGAACUUGAAGUAGAAUAUUGUCUUAUUAUAUUUUUGGUCACUUUUGUACCCCUUUGCUACAUGUCCUGAGCUGUGGUAAUGCACACAUUUCCUCACUGUGGGAUCAAUAAAGUCUUAUCUUAGAACUUUAAUUGAGAUAAGUCAGCAAAGGUGGUUCAAGCAUUUGGUUAAAAUACCUUCUAUGGGUGUCCUGUUGGUAGGAAGGCUUCCUAUAGGUGAACUCAUGACAUGCUGAAAGGAUGAUAUUUUUAGGCUGGUCUGGGAACGCCUUGGUGCCCCAUCAGAGCAGCUGGUGGAGGUGGCUGAGAUGACUGUUUGUUUGUGUUGCCUGCUAGGGCUGCUGCUCCCUUUGACUGCGAGUAAGACUGUCCACUUGCAGCGCUCUGGUGAAGAUGAAGUUAUGUUUGGUCAUAAUGGUGACUGUAUAUUCCUCAUAAACUGAUCUCUUUACCUCAAAGCAACAGCAUGGGCAGGGAUUUCAAUUGGUGCCAGAGGUUCUUUAAAGAUGUACGUUUUAGAAAACGCAUCUCACUUUCCUUUGUCCAUAUAUUAAGUUUUUGUGCAUCUCAUGCAGAAAGAGUUUCUAGUCGUUUUAAGUAACACUGGUAGCUGUCAGGGACCUUGAUGAUGAAUGACUUAUGGCAGCAUUACAGUCGAGAAGCACUUAAGACUCACCUUAAUCAUUUUGGUUUGUGAAAACAAAUUGAUCAUGAGAAGAAUUGUUUGUUUAUGCAAAGACAAAAGUCAAUAAUCACUGGGACUCAACACCUGAACAGAUUUCUUUCUUUUUCCUCACAUCAUUUGAAUUUUAAGUGAAAUGUGAAAUUGAACCAGAGAUUUGGGAGAUGAAACUAUUUUCCCUGUUACGACAAUUAUGAUUUGCAUUUCUGUUUCAUGCCAUUUCUAGUUAUCCCUUUUCAGAUUUUAUCAAAGCUGCAAUUUAAAAGAUGUCUUAGUUGCUGAAAUGCAUUUUGAGGGUUUUUUGUUCAUACGAAUGGAAAAUGAAUGUUUUGCUGAAACUAUCUGAUGUUUAAAACCCCUCCAACACAUUCGGUCAUUUAGCAAACAGAAUUCGGUACAAAUAUACAAGUUGUAAUCAUGUGAUGGGUCUGAAAAUGUCAUAGUGGCCAAAUCAUAUUUACUUCGCAGCAAGUUAAAGUUGCCAGUCUCUGUCAUCCACUGAGAAACAAAACCUGGGAAUUAUUUCCACAUAUUGGUUUAAUUCUUAAAUAUUUUUAGUUCUUAAAACUUUUAUGUGCAUGAAAUGGGAGCCAAGUUCAGGUAUGUUGUCAUUAUUAUAUAUUUUGGAAAAAUGUAGAUUAUAUUUUAAUAACUUAUUUAUGCCCUACAUUUGUGUUAUUUUUAUUUUUAAAAAAAAUUUUGUCAAACAAAAUAUUUACGUUGAGUUAUUUCGUGUGUGUGUGUGUGUGUGCGCGCGCUACAAAUGUCAAGUGACGAAGAGGGACUCAGCUGAUAAAAUUCACCUUUUACAAUCUUUUUUUAACUUUUGCCGAUUCUGUUUAUUCCGUCAGUUGCUUUUCAUUAAAAAAAUCUGUCCUCUUUACACUAGUAGUCACCUUGUUGCGGUCAAAGCUCCCUGUGUAAUCCAGGACAUUCCUAUACACAUAAGUGUUUAAUUGUUUUAGUGUGAGUGUUGUAUCUACAUUUUCUCUUAUGAGUUAUCCUCUUGAACAGACCACUUGGAUGUGGAACAUAUUGAGGACGUUAUACAUUAAAGUUUAAUCACAGUUAAAAAUGCAACAAACUUUCCUAUCGAUUUAAUUGCCCUCGUUCACGAUGUUAAAGUAAUUGAGUUUCUGUGCAGCCAACAGUGAUUUAUUCUUUUUCUUGACUGUUGGUCGAUUAUAAAACAAUGCAUCUCAUGUAAAUAUUUAAAGAAUAAGUUGGCACUAGCAGCAAGUUUCAUAUUUUGCAAAGCAUCUGGUCUAAAAUUUGGUGAAAGUUGACAGAUUGUUUCUCAUCGGUUGCUUUUUUUAUUUUUGUGCUGUAAAUCAUUUGUUGUGACGCAAAUCAGGCUCAGUGUACCAGUGAAGGAGUGUGUGUGGUGAGGGGAUGAUGAUUAUAACUGAGUGUAUUCUGUUUUUUGUAUUUUAGAACAUUCCUUUAUUAUUUAUGGCUCUGUUGUGAUUGUAACAAGUGUAUAUACCUUCCAUAUAUACACACACUUAAUAAAUCUAUAUAAAUAUGAAUCGACCUAUUUGAUAAGUGUUUGUCAGUGGUGAGUGUUGUACAGAUUAAGACUUUUUUUUUUGUCUCAUCUCUUGUUGGGAGAGAUUUAAAGUUCUGGCUGUUUGAAUUGUAAAGUGCAUGUUCCGGCAUGCUGGCUGACCUGAGGACUGAACGACGAUCACUCGUUGGUGGCAGCGAUCCUUUCACUGCUGCUAUCACCCUGCUGUGGUAGAGCUCACACUGCCAGCUGCUUGACUCGUCUUUGACCAAGUUUUCUUUUUCCCCCUCUUUUAUUUUUUGUUCCACUCUGCACCUGUAUUUACUCAUUCAAAAGUUAUAAGAAUUUUGUUAAAUUUGCUGUUUGGAUACAUGUGGAAUUUUCUGUAAGGAGAUAAUAAAACUUUUGGUUUGUAUUUGGUGGUUCGGUCUGUUUCGAUAAUGUUUCCUUAAAAUGAUCUCUUUGGUUGCUUUGGCUUCAGUGUCCAGCUUUCUGUUUUCAGUCUGUUGCAAAGUGCCUUCCAAAUACUGAUUGUGCACAGCAGUGGAUUAAAAUGUACUUUUUAAAAAAAAACUGUACAGAGUGACUGCAUUGACACUUUUGUAUAAAAAGCGCAAAAUGUACAAUAUGCUAACUUGGUAUUUUAUCAUUGUACUCAACAAAAUUGCUCUUUAACACUUGAACUUUGUGUUUUGUUAUGUCGUCUUUGGACACAUUUCAUUAUAAGCUUACUUUUCUAUAAAUAUUUGUUUUGUACCCUGCUAUUGAAUCUCAUUUCUUGUCUUGGUUUACGGAUGAGAAUCAAAUAAAUUGCAGCUGAAAAUCUCCAGAA